GUGGAGGUCCUGUCUGCCUUUAGUGAGUGUGGCAGCGCAGCAGCAGAGAUGACCUUCAUCGCCAAGACCUUCUACGACCUGAGGGCCACCACGCUGGAGGGAGACCCGCUGGACUUCAACGUGUUCAGGGGCCGGGUGGUCCUCAUAGAGAAUGUGGCCUCGCUCUGAGGCACCACCACCCGGGACUUCAGUGAGCUCAACCAGCUGCAGAGCAAGUACCCCCAUCGGCUGGUGGUCCUGGGUUUCCCCUGCAACCAGUUUGGAUACCAGGAGAACUGCAGCAACGGCGAGAUCCUGAACUCACUGCAGCAUGUACGUCCAGGCGGCGGCUUCAAGCCCAACUUCACCAUCUUUGAGAAGUGCGACGUCAACGGAGCCAACACGCAUCCCGUCUUUGCCUAUCUGAAGGACAAACUCCCCUACCCCAACGACGACCCCAGCUCCCUCGUGCAGGAUCCCAGAUUUCUAGUGUGGAGUCCCGUCAGCCGGACGGACGUCUCCUGGAACUUUGAAAAGUUCCUCAUUGGUCCGGAGGGAGAGCCCUUCAAAAGAUACAGCAAGAAGUUCCCCACCAUAGACGUCGAGCCCGACAUUCAGAGAUUAUUAAGAUUAACCAAGGCUUAAGAAUAGCUCUCGCCUCGUAAUGGCUUCAUAUCCAUAACUGUCAGAGUUGACACGCUUUCCUCCACACUUUUAAGCCUUAAUAAAUGAGGGUGAUAUUCUGAAAAGCUGAGGGAAUAUCAUCUGAGGCCUGUAAGUGCUUAAAAGUAGUGGACGAGUAAAUACUUGGUAUUCCUGCAACUAUAUGCAAAGAAGAGUGAUCAAGGAUUUUAUAAAAUAUGAUCAGUAAGGAUCUGCUGUUUUUCUUGUCCUAUGUUAGUGUUGCCAGCAGAUGGUGCUACUCAUUUAAUCUUGCAGACAUUGCUUGAGUCAUGAAUUUAUGAGGUAACAUUCAAAACGUUCAGGCAAAUGCUUUGAAAUAAAAUUA